AUGACAAACCAACCAAGAGAUCAUUCCUUUGAUAAACUUGAGAACCACUCAAAGAGACCAACCAUCAUCUGUGAAGACAGGAGACAAAUCACGCCCCCAAACAAAACCAACAAGAUGACAAAACGGCAUAAACCAUCCAGAAAGAGGAGGAAGGACUGGAAAUGGGGAAAGGAUCGAGCAGAACCCACCCGAGACCACAACCACAGAACCGUAAGAGUCCCGACGGUGGUGAGAGUCACCGCCCGUCGGUAA